AUGACAAACGGCAUUGGGACAGGCGACUACGAGUACAUUGUGAUGGAACUCGUCUACCUCGUUCUAGGCUUGAUCACCCUCGGUACUUUAAUCAAAAAGAUCUCGGACGAGAAGAGAAUGACUUGUUCGCUCUUUGAAUUUUCAAUUUUUACAAUUUUCUUUUUUAUUUUACUGAGAAUUGGAGUCAUUGCAUUUCUCUUAUAUUUGAGAUUAGGUUUCUUACCAGACCUCAUCAAAUCAAGGUCAAAUAAUAAUUUAGCAAAUCAAGAAAUGGAAAGACAAGCUGAAGUAUAUCUUGUCACGUGGGAAUUACUCUCUUUUUUAGGAACCUGUGCCUUGUAUGCCAGUAUUUCCACAUUGGUCUAUAAAUGGAGAUCUCUCUUGAAUGGUGACACAAAGAGUAAUUUGGCACUUGUGCUUGGAAUGAAUUCAAUUUUAUUCUUCAUUGGAAUUUUCUGUGUCAUUAUGCAAUACUUUUUUGAAUUCAAGAAUUACACAUGGGUUCAUGUGGUUUACUAUUUUUGUGCCAUUAAUAUUUUCAUUAUGGGUGCUGUCUUUAUUUAUCAUGCUGACAAGAUGCAAACAAAAGUGAGACCAAAUAAUGAAUUGUCAUUCCAACUCUUUAGACAUGCCACUUAUAACAAGUAUUCUGCUGUGGUUUUGGGAGUUGCUUUUAUUACCCGUGGAGUGGUGAUGGCAUUGGACAAUGUGGGAUACAAGUUUUUGAGAGAUGGAUCUCCAGCUCAAGUCGUGUGGAAUAUUUUCUUCAAGUAUAUUUGUUGGGUCAUUCCUGAAUUAAUCAUUGUCAUGUGUUUAUUGAUUUGUUUGCUUGAGACUGAAUAUUUCCAUAAUAUUUUAGCGGUCAUGUAUGGACGAGUGAACGGAAAUACCAAUUACGCGGAGGUGCCACCUGUGGAAAUUGCUGACUUGGAAGAUGUGGUCAAGACUGGAAAUGUUGACAUUUCUGAAUCAGAGCUACAAGAAAUGAGAGCCAAAACUUCUGGAAGUAGUAGUCAUGAAAAAGGCCAAGGGGAUGGUUACUCGAAAUUUGAAGAUGAGUGA